CUGUCCAGCAAUUUCAACCGCGCGGCCGAGUACAUCCGCAAAGCUGCCCAGGAUGGUGCCAGUAUUGCAGUCCUGCCCGAGUACCACCUCGCCGGGUUUCGCGAACAACUGCAGGAUCCCGAGGCAGCCACACGGCAAUCCGCCGAGCACCUGAAGCGCUACCAAACGCUAGCAAAGGAGCUGCAUAUCGGCAUUGUCCCUGGGACGGUGCUCGAGCCCAAGACGCAGGGUGGAGUUGCCGGCGACCACACAGGGCCACUGGCAAAUAUAGCAUACUUCAUAGGCCCAGACGGAGAGCUGCUUGGACGUUACCAGAAGAAGAAUCUAUGGCAUCCCGAGCGGCCUCAUAUCGCCGCUGAUACCGAGUCCCCGCACCGUGCAUUCGACACGCCGUGGGGGAGAGUGGGUCUACUCGUGUGCUGGGAUAUAGCUUUCCCGGAGGCCUUUCGCGCUCUCAUCGCCGACGGGGCGCGCAUCGUCAUCUGCCCAUCAUACUGGGUGGCCGGUGACGGCGGCGAGGGCCAUCGAUUCAACAGCUCAUGUGAGGCGCUGUUUCUACAGAACGUGUGUGUGGCGCGAGCAUUUGAGAACGCCUGCGCUGUCGUCUUUGUGAAUGCCGCUGCUCCACUGGGAAGCACCGACGGCAAGGAUCUUCUUGGCAAGGAGUACGUUGGGCAAAGCCAAGUGGCGAUGCCGUUUCAGGGUUCCCAGGGUACGCUUGGUGCUGCCGAGGGUUUGAGUGUCGUCGAGAUAGAAAUGGAAGCUCUGGAUGUGGCAGAGGGCAUUUAUAAAGUUCGGCAGGAUAUAGCAACGGCUAGUUGGCACUAUCCACUCGCGUACGAGACUAAGAAAAUAGCUAUGAAAUGA